AUGGCGCUCGACAACUACUACCAGAAUAAGAUCGAGGCCAUGCGCCUCGAAAUCAUCAAGGGUCAGGCCGUCCUGCGCCGUCUCGAGGCCCAGCGCAAUGACUACAACUCGCGGGUACGCCUAUUGAGAGAAGAGCUGGGCCUGCUGCAACAACCAGGCUCCUAUGUCGGUGAGGUCGUCAAGGUCAUGAGCACGAAGAAGGUCCUGGUGAAAGUACAUCCAGAAGGGAAAUAUGUGGUCGACGUCGCUGACUCGGUCGAUGUGUCGAAACUCACACCCGGCAAGCGCGUCACUCUUCUUUCCGACUCCUAUAAGCUCGAAAAAAUCCUGCCCUCGUCCGUUGACCCGCUCGUCUCGCUCAUGAUGGUCGAGAAGGUUCCAGACAGCACCUACGACAUGAUUGGCGGUCUGGAUCAGCAAAUCAAAGAGAUCAAGGAGGUUAUUGAGCUCGGCUUGAAGCACCCGGAACUGUUCGAGUCACUCGGUAUCGCCCAGCCCAAGGGCGUGCUGCUCUACGGUCCUCCUGGUACCGGCAAGACUCUACUAGCCCGUGCCGUUGCCCAUCAUACAGAUUGCAAGUUCAUCCGCGUGUCUGGUUCCGAGCUGGUGCAAAAGUACAUUGGUGAGGGCAGCCGCAUGGUGCGCGAGCUGUUCGUCAUGGCCCGCGAGCACGCCCCCAGCAUCAUCUUCAUGGACGAGAUCGACUCGAUCGGCUCUUCGCGUGUGGAGGGUUCAUCGGGCGGCGACUCCGAAGUGCAGCGAACCAUGCUCGAGCUGCUCAACCAGCUGGAUGGUUUCGAGCCAACCAAGAACAUCAAGGUUAUCAUGGCGACGAAUCGUCUUGACAUCCUGGACCCUGCUCUUCUCCGUCCCGGCCGUAUCGACCGCAAGAUUGAGUUCCCGCCGCCGAGCGUCGAGGCGCGUGCCGAUAUCCUGCGCAUCCACAGCCGCAAGAUGAACCUGACGCGCGGCAUCAACCUGACCAAGAUUGCUGAGAAGAUGAACGGUUGCUCCGGCGCUGAGCUCAAGGGCGUGUGCACCGAGGCUGGUAUGUUUGCCCUGCGCGAGCGGCGAGUUCACGUCACGCAGGAGGACUUUGAGCUGGCCUGCGCCAAGAUCCUGAAUAAGCAUGACGAUAAGGAAGUGUCGUUGGCUAAGUUGUGGCGUUAA